CGCCGACUCCGCCCCCCGCCCCCGCCCCCGCCCCCGCCCGCGGAGCGCCGACUCCGCCCGCCGCCGCCCCCUCGGCUGCCGGGAGUCCCGGGCUGUCGUGCGCUCGGGCGCCAGGCUUGGGCAGCUCGGCGAGGCCGUGGACGCGUCGCCCCGCGACCAGCAUCUCUGGCUUUGUGAGACCCGGGACCAGGCCCCUGCCUCGUCCAGAAUGAAGGUGUUUCUCCCGGUGCUGCUGGCGGCCCUUCUGGGCGCGGAGCAAGCCCACUGCCUGGUGUGCUUCUCGUGCACGAAUCAGAACAGCAACUUCUACUGCCUGAAGCCGACCGUCUGCUCUGACUCCGACAACUACUGUGUGACCGUGUCCGCUUCUGCCGGCAUCGGGAACCUGGUGGACUUCGGCCACACCCUGAACAAGGGCUGCUCCCCAAUCUGCCCCAGCCCCAGCGUCAACCUCGGCGUGGCGUCCGUGGGCACCUACUGCUGCCAGAGCUUCCUGUGCAACAUCAGCACGGCGGGCCAGGGGCUGCGGGCCAGCGCCGCGCUGCUGGGCCUCGGGCUCCUGCUCAGCCUGCUGUCCGCCCUGCCACGGCUCCGGCCCUGACGGGGCGCCCACUCCCGCAGCUCGGGAAGGGAGGCCGGCCCCUCCCCGACCCCAACACCGGACGGAAGCCUUUUCCUGCCACCUGUCACCCUGCUCGAUCCCGGCCCUUCCGCCCCUGGUCCCCACGGUCACGCCGACCCCCGGCCCCGCCACCACCCUCCCUUCUCAGGCAGUGAUGUGAGCUUCCUCAGGGAACCCGGGAAGGGCCGAGGGUCCCAGAGUCGGAGCCGAGGCCUGGGGACACACCGGGAGGGGCCGUGGGCCCCCAGGUCUGGCCCUCAGGUGGGGUGGAAACGUGCUGACGGCCACUAUGUCCCAGAAGGAUGGCAUGCUGCUGUCGCAGGCAGUGGUGUAGGUUCAGCUGUGUGGACAGGGUGUCCGUGUGCCCCUGUGCAUGUGCCGGUGCAAGUGUCCAGCCGUGUGGGAGCCGGAGCGCAGGCGUCAGAAGACCUACAUUGGCAGCGGCUGAGCUCCCGGGGCCCCGACAACAAAGCUGCUCUUCCCUGGCAUUCAUGCGGCCCACACUCACUCACAAACCCCUUUUGGAAGACGGGGUUCCACUGCAUCUGGGUUCGGACUGCUGGACCCAGGAGUCAGCCACCCCCCAGCUGCCGCCCCCACCCCUCCCCCACAUCAGAGUCGGCCUGCUGCUUUGGUGCCUCAAAUAAACACAUGUUCCCAACCCUC